AUGAGUUUAAUUAAAUGUUGUACAGUUAAUCCAAAAAAGAAACAGCGAAAGUACGCCACUGAUUUAGUGACACCAGAUGCUGUUCGAUAUUUUUUAAAUGAUAAUCCUGAAUUUCUUGAAAGUUAUAUAUUAAAUCAUGUUAAUCAUAAUACAAUUGAACAAUGGAUAUGCAAAUUAAACCGACCAUCAAUAAGAAAUUCAGCAAACAAUAUAGAUACAAAUACCGCUUCAAAAUCAAAUGCUCAACGACUAUCGAUCACAACAGAAAAAUCAAUUAUAAAAUUAAGCGAACUUGGAGACAAACGACGUUUGUUAAACGAAUUAACAGAUGAUAUACAUCAAAAUGUAACCAAAGCUCAAAUACUAUAUGAAUUAGGCAAAUGUAUAUCACAAACUGUGGCAGCCGAUAACUUUAAUUUAUAUCUUGUUGAUGAAACCGGUGCUAGUAUGAGAGUAUACAAUGCUGAAAAUGAUGAAGAUAAUGCCGUUCAUUUUGCUCCAGUAAAAAUUGGAGUUGGUCAUUGUAUAGCAGGAUAUGUCGGCUAUACUAAAGAAACCGUACGAAUUAGCAAUAUGGCAAAUCUUUCUUCAAAAUAUCCGGAUGGAUUAUAUGUUGCAAACGGUAAUGUGACAUGUGUCAUGGCACAUCCACUAGUUAAUAAUAAUGGACAGCUUCUUGGUGUUGUUGAAUUUUACCGUGAAAACAGCGCAAGUUCGUUCACUAAUGAAGAUGAAGAGGUAAGUGCCUGA